CGGCCUAUCAACCAGGACUCUAGAGGCCCAGCCGGCAUUUCGAUCUCACAUUUAUAUAAAGUCUACUACCCUUUGAAUUUAUCGAUUUGCAUGAGCCCUACAUCCAUCAUUUAUUCAAUACACAGGAUACAGAGACACUCUCAUCUCGCCAGCACCGAAUACAGUCGUGUCCCUUGCUCAGAGUCUUUGAAUCACGAGUCUCACCGUCCAAGAAACGUCCGCGGCAUUCAAAGAGAAGAUUGCCAGUCUUACUAUUGACAGUAUGCGCCCAAGCAGCCCACAUCUCUCCUCGGGCUAUUAAUGCAAGCCCUCAUCUAGGAAAAUUUCUAUAAUAUCAGACAUGGGUUUCCUAGGCGCCAAGUACCGCGCCUACAAGGACGCCCGGAGUGGUCGAAGCGCCAAGUUCUCGGACGACGACAUUGAAAAGUACACGGGCAAGUCACGCGUCGAUCUGGACAAGUGGGCAGUUACCACCGAGGGGGUGGGCCGUUGGCAGCCGGCCAGCUCGAUGAUGGCAGGCGGUACGGUUGGACUGGGGAUGCAUGAGAUGCCCAUGAAUGUAACGCGUCAGCCCCUCAAGUUUGGGCCCGAGUGGGAAAAGAGGCACCUAGAAUGGGAGCAGCAGCACCGAAACGUAGGGGUUAGGUCAGGGGACGCGAAGGAGUGAAAGGGUUAAGUGACACAUAUGAACACUAUUUCUUGCAAACAAU